AUGACCAAUGAUAACAUUCCCAAAGAAGUGAAAGACAAUUAUUUGGAUAAUAUUAAGUGGAUUACAGAAGCAAAAGACCACAAUCUAGUGGUCGGAAGUGAGGCGAGGAUUCUAUAUUCGGAUCAAAUCGGAAGAGUGAGUAUUGGUCUGGCGUUUAACGAAGCCAUCAAAAACAAGACAAUCCAAAGUCCGAUCAUUCUAUCCCGAGAUCAUCACGACGUGAGCGGCGCUGACAGUCCUUACAGAGAGACGUCUAACAUAUACGACGGAUCGGCAUAUACUGCAGAUAUGGCCGUCUCAACAGUGAUGGGCAACGCUGGCAGGGGUUGCACUUGGGUUGCCCUUCAUAAUGGAGGCGGGGUCGGUUUCGGCGAAGCCAUAAACUGUGGGUUUGGCUUAGUUUUGGACGGCUCUCAAGAAGCACACGAUAAGGCGCUUAAUAUCCUUAGUUGGGAUGUGAUGAAUGGCGUGAGUCGGCGCUCAUGGGCUGGCAAUCAAUACGCCAAACAAACCAUUCAAGACAUUAUGCAAAACAAUAACAAAGUUUGUGUCACUCUUCCCAAUGAAGUGGACGACAAACUGAUCGACAAUUUGUAAAAUUGCACUUAAAUUGGAUUCAAUGGCAAUAAAACUAAAACUAAUAAAAAUAAGUUUAAAAAACUAA